CGUUAGCUAACAAUCUUUAGCGCCAACAGUAGUCAGUUAAGUUACAGUUUUUACAAUUUACUACAAAUCUCUAGCCCGCGUUUUUCUUUUUCUUUCUCAAAAACACUCGCGCGCACACAAACACUAUUUUCCCACCGACCUUACCCUCCUCCCCAUCUGCUCUGUCUCAAGUCUCAACCUCGCAGUCUCUGCUGCCACCACCACCCUCACGCGAAGUCCCCAUCGUCAUACGGGCCACGUCUCUCACCAGCCACCAUUGCGCCACCCACCCACCAACCACUGUAGAAACUCAGGUGGUCUCCUUGAUUCUCAACCGGACUGACAUGGUCAAGGCUCUUGUUGACCAUUCAUAGCAAAGCUUCUUUUCAGCCAUUUACCAAUUUUACUCCCUUCUCCAUUACCCUUUGUUUAGUUUGGUUUCAGUUUCCUUGCUCUUCAUUUUAUACACAUCGAAUCGAAUUUUUGGACUUAAUAUUAUAGCAAACAAAAUUGAGCGAGUACUAUUGCUAGUGGGUUUCUUGUUGUUUAAACAUGGGUGGCCUUAUGUGCCAUCCAUGACUUGAUUAGGCUCAAGGACCUUGGCGGCAAAAAAAAAAAAAAGUUCACAGGGAUUGCUUGUGCAAGUGGCUGAACUCUGAAGGAGCCAUGACGCUCAGGUUGAUAGGUGAGAAAGGAAGCCAUGUGUUUAAUCAGAAUCUGAAGAUUACCCAAUUGGGUAAGUCGGGUCGGAUUGAAGAAGCCAUUAAACUUUUUUCACUAAUGAAACUAAAGAAUACUGUAAGCUACAACUCCAUGAUCUCGGCUUAUAUGAAGAACGGUAGACUAGGUGAAGCACGUCGGCUGUUUGAUGAAAUGCCUCACCCAAACUUGGUUUCUUGGAACUCUGUGAUUGCUGGUUAUCUGCACAAUGACAAGGUUGAGGAAGCUUCUCAACUUUUUGAUAAAAUGCCUAAAAGAGACCGCUUUUCCUGGUCUUUAAUGAUCACUUACUUUUCGCGAAAUGGGGAGCUUGAAAAGGCUAGAAAGCUAUUUGAUUUGCUUACUGAUAAGCGAGACAGUGUUUGUUGGAAUGCAAUGAUUUCUGGUUAUGCAAAGAAGGGGCGCUUUGAUGAUGCCAAGAAAUUGUUUGAUAAGAUGCCAGUCAAGGAUUUAGUUUCAUGGAAUUCAAUGCUAGCAGGUUAUACUCAAAACGGGGAAAUGCGUUUGGGGUUGCAGUUUUUUGAAGAAAUGGACGAGAGGAAUGUGGUUUCUUGGAAUAUGAUGGUGGACGGGUUUGUUGAGGUUGGUGAUUUGGAUUCUGCUUGGCAUUUCUUUAAAAAGAUUCUGAACCCAAAUGUUGUUUCGUGGGUUACAAUGUUAUCUGGGUUUGCACGAAAUGGUGAGAUUGUUAAGGCUAGGACACUUUUUGAUCAGAUGCCAAGUAGAAAUGUGGUUUCUUGGAAUGCAAUGAUUGCAGCAUAUGUUCAGAACUGUCAAAUUGAUGAGGCUAAGAGGCUGUUUAUGGAAAUGCCUGAGAGGGAUUCUGUAUCAUGGACUACAAUGAUUAAUGGGUUUGUUCGGGUUGGUAAGAUUGAUGAAGCACGUGAAUAUCUUAACCGCAUGCCUUACAAAAAUACUGUGGCCCAAACUGCAAUGAUCUCUGGAUAUGUACAAAGCAAAAGGAUGGAUGAAGCUAGUCAACUAUUUUGUCAGAUUGCCACCCAUGAUAUUGUUUGUUGGAACACAAUGAUUUCAGGUUAUGCUCAGUGUGGGAGAAUGGACAAUGCUCACUGUAUAUUUAGACAAAUGGUCAAUAGGGACAUGGUUUCAUGGAAUACUAUGAUUGUUGGUUAUGCUCAAGUGGGACAGAUGGAUAAAGCAAUUAAAAUAUUUGAGGAGAUGGGUCAAAGGAAUACAGUUUCAUGGAAUUCUCUAAUUACAGGUUUUAUGCAAAAUGGGCUAUAUUUGGAUGCACUGAAGAGUUUCAUGUUGAUGGGGCAGGAAGGAAAGAAACCUGAUCAGUCAACUUUUGCAUGUGGACUAAGUGCAUGUGCCAAUCUUGCAGCUUUGCAAGUUGGGAAGCAAAUUCACCAUCUGGUUGUAAAAAGUGGCUAUGUGAAUGAUUUAUAUGUUAGCAAUGCUCUGAUCAUCAUGUAUGCUAAAAGUGGGAGGGUCUUUGAUGCUGAACUUGUGUUCAAAGAUAUCGAUAAUGUUGAUGUUGUAUCUUGGAAUUCUUUGAUUGCUGGGUUUGCUUUAAAUGGGUAUGGCAAAGAAGCUGUAAAGCUCUUUGAAGAGAUGCUCGUUGAUGGGGUAGCUCCUGAUCCAGUCACCUUUGUUGGAGUAUUGUCUGCAUGUAGUCAUGCUGGCCUAGUUGAUCAUGGUUUAGAAUUGUUUAAAAGCAUGUCUGAAGUAUACAGUGUUGAACCUUUGGCUGAGCACUAUGCUUGUGUGGUUGACUUGCUUGGCCGAGCGGGGAGGUUAGAAGAAGCCUUCAACAUGGUUAGGGGAAUGAAGAUCAAAGCGAAUGCUGGAAUAUGGGGUGCAUUGCUUGGAGCUUCCCGGGUACACCGGAAUCUAAAACUUGGUAGACAUGCAGCUGAGAAGCUUUUAGAACUUGAACCCCAUAAAACUUCAAAUUAUGUGCUCUUGUCAAAUAUGCAUGCUGAGUCUGCUAGUUGGGAGGAGGUUGAGAGAGUCAGGGUACUGAUAAAAAAGAGUAGAGUGGAGAAGCAACCAGGCUGCAGCUGGAUAGAACUCAGAAAUGAGAUUCAUGCUUUUCUGUCUGAUAGUCCUGCGCAUCCUAGAGCAUCAGAGAUAUGCAAAACAUUAAAGGCUUUAACUGCACAAGUCAGAAACCCAGGUUACUUGUCUGAUUUCAAUUCUUUACUUGAUGGGGUUCAGGUGAUAGCCCAAUAGUAUUGAAACCCUAGGAAUGAGCCUGAUGUUUGUGGUUUGAAACCCUAGUGAGAAUUUUUGUAUAUGCUAUUAACAAGUGUCUUUUAAACUCUAGUUAUGCCAAGCCUGAGCAUAACCAAAAAUCAUAGUAUUCCAUGAGAAGUGUCUUUUGGAUCCGGAUCAUCUCCAUUUUAAAGUGAAAUGGAGAGGUUCCAUUUAAAGGCUAGGAUUUAGAAGGGAGAAAUCAAUGGUGUAGAAUAUGCCACCUGAUUUGAAAGCCAACAACUUAACCUUAACUUUGAUUAACCAAAAUAAACUAAAAUAAACUUUUGUCUUACCGUUAACGAUAGUGUGUUCUGCCAGAGAGGAAAGGGAAAAAAGAGAAGAGGGUGGAGGUGAUGAAGACAUAGGCGUCAUGGUCGGCAGAGGUUGGUGGUGGCAUUCCUCAAAGUCAUGAAAGCUUGUUAAUGUGAGGGACGUCUGAUGGGGUGGCAAGGCGGACAUAGGCUUAUCAUCAAGACCCUCCCACGCCACUGCCACACACAUCCUCCCCUUGACAACUACACCCUUGCCCUCCACAUGGCUCUUAUGUUCUUCAACGCUCAAAGAUGAAGCUUGCAUGACCAUAUAUGGCCAAUUUUGUUACAGCCUUGAGAAACAAAGAUCUUGACAUGAAAAUCUUUGGUCAAAUGUGUAAGUCUAAGGGCAAUAAGAAUUUCUCCAUCACUUGAAGAACAAGUAUUGCAUGUGUAAAAGGUUAUGAAGUCAAUGACCUAUUAAUGGUGGAAGCCAUAUUUUAUGAGUGCCCAAGAUGGCCAUAUUUUAUGAGUGCCCAAGAUGACAAAGAGACAUUGCAGGCAUUGUGUUUUUGGAGUUAGAUUGAAAGAACCCCUAGUCGGGAAGUGUAUUUUGACCGAAGAUCUUUUGAUGUAUAUAUAUAUUUUAACCGAA